AUGAAUCGUAAGACCAGUGCAAUUUGGGAUUAUUUUACAAUAGUUGAAAACGAUAAAGCUAAAUGUAAUUUUUGUAAAAUAGUGCUUAAAUUUAACCAAUCGUCAACAACUAAUUUAUUAAGACAUAUUAGAUCAAAACAUGUAACAAUUGAUUUGUCUAAACGAAGAAGGCCAAAUGAUGACGUGGACGAAGAACACAUAGAUGAUCCUUCACCGAUGUCCAUUCAAAAUCCGUCAACUUCAAUUUCUUUGGAUAGAGAAUGUCUCUUGUUCACCAGCCAGCACGUAGUGAACAACAACAGAUUUGCAAUUUCAACAGGUAAUAAGAAUGAUCGUUAA